AUGAAGCUGAACAAUGAGACGGUCACCGUCGAGCUGAAGAACGGCUCUGUGAUCCAUGGGACGAUCACAGGUGUUGACAUGCAGAUGAACACCCACCUGAAAACCGUCAAAAUGACCGCCCGCAAUCGCGAACCGACCUCGCUCGACUCCCUCUCCAUCCGUGGCAACAACAUCCGCUACUUCGUCCUCCCCGAUGCCCUCCCCGUCGACACCCUCCUGGUUGACGACGCCCCGAAGCCGAAAAACAGGAAGAAGGAUGACGCGCGCGGACGGGGGCGCGGACGGGGCGGAGAUCGUGGACGCCCCAGGGGACGCGGUCGUGGGCGAGGACGGGGAUUCUGA